AUCUCAGAAUAGAAUUUCAAGGACCUACCGGUAAGAUAGCUCAUUUCACUUAAACCCGAGUACUGCACUCGUGCACUUACCCUACGGCAUUCCUCCUACCUUAUCUUUCUCCCUCGUACCAGCAACAGCGGGCCCCCACAACUGAUUUACAGCCAGAGUUAUGAGUGCCGACACCGGUGACCCCAAAUCGAACACCACGGCUUCGGGUGCAGAUAGAAAAGGGUUUGUUUCCAGCUUCUGCAUGUCUGCCGACCUUUUUCUAAUUGCUCCAGUGCUCAACCACGGUCACCUUUCGAAACGCAGAUAUUUCAAAUCACGGCACAAGGUGGGGAGAGAUGCUUCUACACUCAUGCAAGCAUCCUGUCCAAGUGCUCGGGGCCAUUAAGGAGCGCAGUAGAAGGCGAUUGGAAGGAGUCUUCAGAGCACAUAAUCAAUCUGAAUGACUGGGAUGGCGGUACGGUUGAACGGUUGCUUCAGUUCCUCCAUACCGGUGGCUAUCAGUGGCCAUUGCCGGAGAAAUUAGUGGCAGAAAAACUUGGUUUCACUGAAGCGAAAAACAAAACUUUCACCUUCUCAUCACCUCCCACAACGAAAGCCGAAUCUUACGAGAUAUGUCGGCCCCUAACUCCUAUUGACCAACUGGUCGUGGCCGAUGAAACUCCCAUCAUACAGUCGGACUACAACGCUUGGCUAAGCACCAUAAAGCCAUCGGAAUACGACCUUGGAGAUUUACUUCUAUCCCAUGCAAAGAUCUAUGCCCUCGCCAGCUACAAAGACAUUGAGGGCUUGAAACGGAUGGCACUCAAUCGUACACUCAAAACACUUACGGCACUCGGCACCAUUGAAAGUGGCUCUCGCGAAGUUACUCAUAUCACUCAACUUCUCAAGUAUGUGUAUGAAAACACUACUCCACUAUCUUCUAGUCGGGAGCCGAUGCGCAAGCUUGUUGUGAGAUUCACUGCAUUGAACCUUACAAUCCUAAACUCCGACAACAAAAUAUCUGGUUUGAUGAGUUCAAUUGGCGGGCUUACCGAGGACCUCAUGUCUGAUGUGACUAGAAGAGUGCAAGCGUUCGAGCUUGCGGAUUCUAUCACGGCUAAGCUGUUUAUAUCAGAUUUAGAGGUUUGUGCUCUGUCCAUAUAUCACUGAAAAGCGGCUAUAGCUUGGAUCUCACAUAUUGUUUCUUUGUGGUCUCGUUACUGAUGCUGUGAAAAGGUACGAAUCGGCGGGGAAGAGCCCUGGAAUUGUGUUCGGGAGUACAACUGGGGAGACCCUAACCUUAAUUCGGGGAUUCCACUUCCGUAAGUCUCCUACCUCGCUCUGGCUGGUUACCCAUCCUAGGCAAGAAGUAUCCGAGCAUAGGGAUCAGAAGGAGAUGUGAGCCGAUCAUCAGUAUGAUUUCAUGUGCACAAGCAAGACUGAACCCACAAUUUUCGAGCAACUCUUGCCUGGGACAAUUUUGCAGGAUCUAAAAAGUUUGUCAGCUCUAACCUUGGAAAAAAAAAAACAGUCCAGUUUGGCUUGUGCCAAAGUAUACAGAAGUCGAAGAGCAAGCUUGUACCUCUUUUGAAAAGUGUACUGUGCUCACCGGGGGGUAUAUCCACGACAAGAGCGAUGUGAUCCCGUUUCCGAAGGCGAAGGGAAUUUUGAUGCCAUGCAGGGAUGGGCCUUCGAGGAUUCGGCAUGUUCAGUUACUCCGCACCUCGACCGCUACCACAGCUCUCAUUAUGGGCCAACAGGUGGGCAAGACUGGGGUCUUGGAAUGUAUUAACUAUCAUUCACCACCCGGCGCUUCGGGGAUAUCGUAUACAUACCUCCACCUCAUGUGGAAAUACUGAUUUCUCGUUCUGUAAGCAAACUCUCUUAUCUCCCACUCUCGAUUCUACGGUGGAGGGUUUAAAUAUUACAUCGCUAAGUCAGAUUAUUCGGUCUACAGAAAAUCCUACUAAUUGACGCAACUAUCGAAACUUGGUGGCGAAGCGGAUUCUUGGCUUUGUUUGUUUCCGCUGAAUUCUUCUAUUUUUAGAGAGUAUAGCUUCUGUGCGGGACCGCUUAGCUAUAACUUAAUAAAUUUUUAUCAUACUAUAAAAAGGUGGAAAUUUAUAUCCCGGGGUUAUGGAAACUUAUUAUACAAAUGUCCAGAUAAUGAUGACUUGAAACUCCUUUGCUAAUUGAUCCUGAUAUUGACCCU